UCGGCCAAUAUCUGAGGGUACACUGGUCCUGCAUGGGUCAAAGGUCAAAUACACAAAAUGGCUUCACAAGAGAUCUUCCAAGCUACUCCCAAGCUGAAGAAGGCGUCCUCUCUCAUUAACAGACUGGAGAGUGGUCGCUUCUCAAAGCUCUUAUCUAGAGUACUACAGAAAGUUCACCUAAAAGAGCAACGUACCUUCACACCCGAGGAAGAGACCAAGUUACAGGGAGCAUUGAGAUUAGAGCCCAAAGAUUUAGAGCUUGUUCUGGAUACUACUACGUUUAUCUUCCAACAAGCUGCCUACCAUCUGGCUAAGCCUGCACUCCUCAAAACACACUUACAGAGCAUUGAACUAGACGAGGAAAAGGUGCAAGUAUUUGUACAGGCAUGGACCUCGCAAGGAAAGGCCAUUGUAGAGAAGCUACGAACGGGAACAUUCUAUCCUAAACAGCUGGAGGAUGUCAAAUGGCGUCUCAAUCUACAAAUGGCCCAGUCCACACGUUCCAAGAUGAAGCAACCAAACGCAUUAUUUGAAUUCUCUGUUCGAGAGGGAGAGGAGGUGGACAAACUGAAGGUGGAGUUCUCUCAUGACGAGCUCUUUGACUUUUAUCAAAAGCUUGAGGCCAUUCAACAACAGCUGGAUGGUUUAUAAACUGAGAACUCUUGUCCUAUUUAGUUAGCAUAGUUGUUAAAAUCUUCUUUUUGUCUUUUGUGUGUAUAAUACAAUUAUUAAUAAAAAAAUAAAAUAAAAAAACUA